AUGCCUGUAACAUUCUACCCCGCCAGUCAUCGCGCCGAGUCCGCCCCUGAUGCGAGCCCGAUCGACGCCGCGUCCCUUCUGCAGAAGUCAGCUCGACCAAAAGCUAAAGAGAUCCUACAGUCGUUCCUCGGGCGCGGGCCGACUGCCUCAUCCGAAGUGCCACUCAUUCCCGCGCGUGGUGGCCUCGUCACAACGGUGCUAGAGGCGUACAACCAUCACCGUGCACUCGUACUUCGCCCCGACGACGUGUGGCUCGCGAUCCUCACGCAAUUCUCCUUCUUCGUCAAUGGCCCUGGCCGCGCGGAAGAGUUACGCUCGCGCUUUGUAGCACACGAAGGCAAGAAGAAGCUUACGGUCACUGCGGCCGGCACGCGCUAUGAUGUUGACUUUGGUCGGCUUGCGGAGAACAUGACGAGUGAGAUGGAGAAGCACAUCGUCGACCCUGAGCUACGGUCGUGGAUCUUGCCACGAUUUUCGACCACUACGCCGAAUGAUACAGUCGUGGCGAGUGUGACGAUGAUGGCCACGAUGAAAGCCUACUUCGACUACUCCUUCGCGCUCCUAUGUGGUAUUCCCCGCCUGACGCUAUUGGGUGACAAGGCAGACUGGGAGGAUAUCGCGCGACGUGCCGAGAAGCUACGUUCAUACGGAAAAGAAUGUGAAGUGUGGCACAAUAUGCUCGCGCCGGUACUUGGGCGCUUCGUGGGAGCGUUUGACAAGCCGAAGGAUAUGGCAAAUCUCGAGUUCUGGCAAAGGGUCGCACACUACCAGGGCGGGGGAAGUGGGCCGACAUGGUUAUCAGGUUGGAUUACAGCCUUUUGCGUGUUCAGUACAGAAGGAGAGUGGCUUGGCUUUCCUUUGAACGAGGGUGUUCCAGGAGCAAAUAUGGAGAUCGUUGCAAAAGAGAUACAGGAGAACCCAUUCUCAAAGCCGCGGACUGCACUCUCACUUGACGGAGCAGGUUAUCAUACUAUCGACACUGCGAGCAUCCCCAGCGGAACUGUUGAAGUCGACGUGCACCUUGACGACAACGGGAAGAAGCUCGAGACUACUAUGGUAGCAGGCAUCGUUGCUUCGAGCCUCGAUAGAGCGCUGUCAGAGCAAAGCAACGACGACACUGUAGCACCGAUGCCGGGUUGGUGGAUAUUCGUCAAGGAGGAGAAACAGGUGGAGCAGUAG